AUGGGUGUUAAGGCUAUUGAAUUUAGCCUUGUGAACAACUGUAAUCACAGCAUAUGGCCAACUAUACGCGCAAAUCCGGUCAGCCCUCGCAUCGAGCAGACUGGCUUUGAGCUCCCGACUAACACCUCCCGCACACUUCAAGUUCCGAAUCGUUGGGUAGGCCAAAUUUGGGCCCGAACUGGCUGCAAAUUUAACAAAUCUGGGCUCGGUACAUGCGCCACUGGAAACUGCGCUUCCGGCAAGAUCGAGUGCGAGGGAGCCGUAGACGCAUCUCCGGUGACCCUUGUGGAGUUUACUCUUGGAUUGGGCGGCCAUAACUCGUACGACGUCAGCCUCGUAUACGGGUUCAACCUGCCGGUCAUAGUGGUACCCCUGAACGGGACCAGCUCCUGUAGGUCCGCCGGCUGUAAGACGGACUUGAACCUCCGGUGCCCGGCCGAGCUGAGAGCCGCCAACGGGUUGGCUUGUAGGAGCGGUUGUAUUGCAUUCGGAACCCCAGAUCAUUGCUGUAGAGGCGUUUUUGGCUUGCGCGAUGCUUGUAAGCCGUCUAAUUAUUCUGUGAUUUUCAAAACAGCUUGCCCCCGUUCCAUCGUCACCGGUUACAGUUAUCCCAAGAGUACAUUCUCCUGCAGAGGUGCAGAUUUUAGGAUCGCGUUCUGCCCCUUGGAUGCUGGUGCAAGUUGUAAAAAGUUAAAUAAUUCACCACCUAUCGGGUGGGUGGUUGAACAGGGGAACCAGCGGCCUCGACCACCACCGAAGAACCAGGAAGAACCGGGUCCGAGACUCUAUAUUCGGAGGUUGUAG